CUUGUUUUCUUCACAAUUUUUUUUUUCUAACCAAACAGCUCCUUAAUUAUCUUCAUUUCUUCUUCUUCUUCUUCUUCUUCUUCAUCUCAUUGGGUCAAAAACCCUAAAAAUGGAGUUCCCUGAGAUCAACAUGAUCAGCGAUUUUGAAGCAGGGGUGAAAUGUCUACAAAACCCAUCUCUGGUUUCUCGAUUCUUUUCACUUUCCCCCAUUGAAAAAGUACCCCAUGUUUACAGUUUCUGGAAAUGGGGUGCUUUAAUUCUCGCCAUUUUAGCUACUUUCAGCAGCUUAAUAAGAAAAAUCAAGCUAUUAUUCAUUUACGUUCGUAGAAUUAAACCUUCUGCUGAACCCCUUCUUCAAUAUCUAGGCGAAGACUUCGAUAUUUCCGAUGACGACGAUGAAGAUGAUAAAUGCUCAUCGGCGGCGGCACCGUCUUCGGAUGAUGAGGAUCUAUUAGAUCAACAAAUUGAUGAGGAUUUUACUGUUGCGGGAUCGUGUUUUUAUUUCAGGGAAAAGGAGCAAAAUAGGAAUUUGAGAUUCCGGCGGCGGAGAAAUAGCUUCGAGAGGUUUCCAUGGACGGAAUUUUCCGCCGGGAAGAAUGUUGUGAAGCUAUGGGAUAGUUUAGCUUUAGGAUUAGAUUAUGAAUACGAAGAUUUAUCGAAAAGUGUAGUUUCGUUAUGGGAUUUGAAUCAGGAAGAGAAAAUAGGAAAUUUAUUUACUGGGUCUUCUGAGGUACCGUCGGUGGCAAUGGCGUCGCCGUCUGUGGUUUUGUCAUCGGAAGUGAAAAACGACCGAAACGGUGUUGUUUUAGCUGCGUAUGAUACGAGGAUGAAAAGUAAUUCUCCGGCGAUAUGUGCUGACUGGGGUAAAGGAUCAGGGAAGGUCGUCGGAGUUAAUGGUUCCGGCGUCGGAAAAGUUUACGUCAGAAAUGAAGCCGCCGGGAUGUUGACGGUCGGUGAUUUGAGAAACGUGAAAACGCCGUUAGAGUAAACUGACGGUGACACGUGGUGGGACGCAGACGCCGAUAUUGUCGAGGAGAAAUUUGACGGUUCAAAAAAUUGAGGAAACGCGGCGAGGACUUGUGUUUUUCUAGAAAGGGUAAAAUCGUCAAUGAACAUGUCUGUUGUAUCUCUGUAUAUAAUUAAUUAUUUUCGACAAUUAUUGAAAAUGAUGAUAAAUUAAUGUUUGGUCAAGCUUUAUUAUUAUUUUUCUACAUUUAA